UCAGUUUCAUUCCUGCGUUGCAUUCAUGGCUUCCUCCUCUUCAGUGAUUGCAUCUCCUAAACUAUAUGAUGCAUUCAUCAGCCACCAAGGCCCUGAUGUCAAGGAAACCCUUGCUAAACACUUGUAUCACCUUCUUAGGGAAAGAGGGUGCCAGGCAUUUCUAGACCGUCCAGAGAUACAAGUGGGGGAUUCUAUUCCUUUUGCCCUUCGCAAUGCCAUUUGCUCAUCUUUUGUGCAGAUUGCCAUUUUUUCCCAAGGAUAUGCAGAGUCCUCUUGGUGUUUAGACGAGCUUGUUCUUAUGUUACAACAAACUGAUGCCCUCUUCAUUCCUGUCUUCUACAAUGUCCAGCCGUGGGAGCUACGUCACAUCGAGAACGAGAAAUCACAAUAUGCUGAGGCAUUUUCUUAUUAUGAAAGGAGAGGCAGGUAUCCUGAUAAGUUGGAUGAAUGGAGAAGGGCCCUCAAAUCCGCUGCAGACAUAUCUGGUUAUGAGCUUAGCCAGCAUCAAGACAAUUUGUGUGGAAAUAUUGUGUCUCGUGUGCUACAAGUAGUGCAAGAAAGAAAAAAUAGAAUACUGUUGGAUGUUGCAAAAUAUCCAAUUGGACUUGGUGAACUUGUCGAAGAUUUUGAAACCUGUUUAGAGAGGAGGCACAGGAAACCCAAAACUAUGGACAAGGUGACGAUAGAAGGGAUCUAUGGACUUGGGGGCUCUGGCAAGACCACCCUCGCAAAAUAAUUAUUUAACAGGAAGAGUUCAGGCUACCAUGCAUCAUCUUUUCUCUCUGAUGUCAGAGAAUCACAUGCAAGAGGUGAACUACACCACUUGCAAAGUCAGCUCUUGAAAGAUCUUUUAAAGAUUGAAGAUUUAAAGAUCGGCAGUGUGCACCAUGGAAUUGGAGAGCUGAAGGAUCGCUUGGGAAGAGCAAGACAUUUGCAUUUUCUUAUAGCCCUGGAUGAUAUCGAUCAUUUAGAUCAGUUAGAUGCCCUCUUACCUCAAGGUAUGCUCGGCUCUAGUAGCCUAGUAAUUAUUACUACACGCGACCAAAGUAUGUUAACAGAUGCAAAUAUCUGUUAUAAGAUGAAGGAAAUGAGCAGGGAUCAAGCCAAAGAUCUCUUCUGUAGCCAUGCUUCCCGGGGACAGGAUCCUCCAAUUGAAUAUGAGCAAUUGGUUCAAAGGUUCGUGCAUUUUUGUGGAGGUCUGCCCCUCUCACUCAAAGUUUUGGGCGCCCAUCUUUAUGGUAGGAAAGAGUAUUAUUGGGAGUUAGAAUUGGAAAAAGUUAAGAAAAUCCAGCCUAAGGAUAUAUUGGAAAGGCUAAAAAUUAUUUUUGAUGGUCUGGACCAGGAGGAGAAACAGAUAUUUAUAGAUAUUGCUUGCUUUUUCAAUAAGAUUGGCUCCCACUAUAAUCCGAAAAGCGUGGCUAUAACAAUUUGGAACGCGUUCGGUUGGAGCGCUGAGCAUGGACUUCAAACCUUACAGGAUAAGUCCCUAGUUGAAAUUAAAUGGGAUGAAUUUCAAAUGCACGAUCACCUCCGCGAUCUGGGAAGACAAAUGGCAGAUGACUUGGGCCCUCCUCGUCUGUGGAGACCACAAAUUCUUAGAUCUAUGGAAGCAAAAGGAUUUAAAAAAAUCCUAGCAGAAACAAAGGUCAGGUGUUUCAAUAUAAUCUACGAUUCAUCCCUGUAGACUAGAAUUCAUUAUUUUAUGGGGAACUCAAAUGAUUCUGCUAAGACUGACCUCCUGGGGCUUCGGAUUGAAGAAUUAAAAGAAAUUCCUUCAUGCAUUCCUCUACGAAAAUUGAAUCCACGAAAAUUGCAUUAUUUAUCUGUUUGGGGCGUGAAAGAAUUGUGGAGCAGUUUUCAUCAACAGUUGCAGACCAAUAUCCAGGCCAGUUUCGAGUUGAGAAAGUUGUCGAUAGAGUACUGCCCCUCGCAAAAGAUUCCAGAUUUAAUAGGAAUGUUCAGUCAUUUGGAAGAAUUAACAAUAUUCGAAUCUUUAGAGAACACUGAUAUAACAUCCCUCUCAGAAUCGAUUAAAAGACUUAGUAAUCUUAGAUCAUUGCAUUUGGAGACCAACACCGACGGCAAGUUCGAGUCCGAGUCCGAGAUCGAGUCCCAGUUCGAGUCCGAGAACUUAGAUGUUUUUAGUUUGGAGGCUUCUACAGGCAGUUGUGCCACUAGCCUUGAAACCAUAGAGUUUAAGGGAUUAGAUAAUAUGUCAAAGUUGGUAAUUAGUGGAGAGAUUUGUCCCAGACUUCGAUCAUUGAGUGUUGAAUGGAUGUCGAAUCUAGAAGAAAUGGACUUAAAGCAUCUAGAGAGACUGAAUACUCUUCACAUGGAGGGAUGUGAUGAAUUGGAAACGAUGUCAAGGUUAUCUUCUUUGACAGGGCUUCAGUCUCUCGAGGUGGAGCAUUGUCCCAAUUUGGAAACAAUAUCAGGGUUGUCUUCUUUGACAGGGCUUCGUGAGUUAAAUGUAAGCUACUGCCGAGGGUUGAAAUCGUUGCCGACCCUUGCACGUCAACGUCAUCUGCAGAAAUUCACGGUUAAGAAAUGUUAUCAGUUGCAGAGUGUAGAAGGUUUUGAAGAGUGGCAUGGAUUGGAAAGUCUGAUAAUUGAAGUGUCUCGCAAAGGAUGGGCAUGGGUACAGAAUUGCAUUUAUGGACUCAAGAGGCUGCCAUCACAUCAAACCAUUUUAAUAGGGAAGGCAGUGGAUGCAACAUCGUCUAGAUUGGAUGUAAAUUUGUUUUCUGAGGUGACCGGCAUCCAAGCACUUGUUGAGAUUGAGACAGGAGAAUAUAUUUCAUUGUACAUGAGCAGCUCAUCAAAUGCAAUCACUAUAUAUGCUUUUCUUGGAUCUAUAGAGAUCUACGAUGGAGUUGAAAGGAUGAUUACAGUGUUACUCCCCCACCACAAUAGUGAGGGUAUUAGUAUAUAUAACAUCAACAUAAAGAAGGGGUUUAAGGCCAUAGUGAAUAAAGGGGAAGAAGAGAAAGCUUUAAUUUUAAUGAAAAGAAUUGUCAAUCAAUUAUAUGUAUAAA